AUGAAGUCAAUAGUUCUGUGCGGCGGAUGUGAUAACUGCAACUGUAAGGGAGGCAGUUGUGACUGCGAGUGCUUAUUCACAGUAUUAUUACAGAGACAACAGAUUCACGACUCGUUCGCCGAUCGGAUACUAACGAAGAGUACGUAUGACUUAAUAGUCGUGGGCGCCGGCAGUGCGGGUGCUAUAGUUGCCUGUCGUUUGGCCAACAAAUACGGCAAUAAUGUACUGCUAUUAGAGGCGGGUGCGGCUCAGGACGCCGUACUGACAGACAUUCCCGGUAUGUUUGUCUACAGUUCUAAGGACUCGAGCCGUUUCUGGCAUUAUGUUAAUCAACCGCAACCAGAGGUCGGGCAGGCGUUUGUCAAUCGCCAGGUGACUGAAUCUAUGGGUCGGGUAUUGGGCGGCGGAUCCACAAUGAAUCGCAUGAUUUACAAUAGGGGUAAUCAUAAGUAUUACGACAGUAUUGUCAGUGACUUCGGUGCCAACGGUUGGAGUUAUGCCGAAGUGUUGCCGUAUUUCAAGCUCUCGGAAAACAAUACCGACCCUAACGUCAGUUCCGUAUAUCACGGCCGCAGUGGACCGGUAGGGGUGUCAUCACCGGACAUAAUAGACCCUAUGUUAUUAGCAUGGCAAAAGGCGAUAAUUGAACAAGGUACGUAUGGUUCGGCACACUUAUUACAAUUGUCUGGUAUCGGCCCCCGAGAACUGCUAAACACUGUGGGCGUAGGGCCCGUAUGGGCUGACCUGCCUGUGGGUCAACAUUUGCAAAACCAUAUUGGCUUCGCUAUACCGAUGCUCAUCGUUAACACGAGCGCAGUAUUGCCGGGACCGCAGCUCAAUGUGCAACAAAUGUACCAGGCACUAUUUGGCCAACACACAGGUCCCAUAGCAUCCCAGAAUAUUGCUUACCUGUUGUUCAACUCGAGCGUAAAUUCUGACUGGACUUACCCAGAUGUAAUGAAUGAAGUGACCUUGGUCACUCAGCACGGACUUGGCUCAGUGAACGGCGCGCCCAUAGGCGAGCAACGCAAGUCUGAAUGGGAUAGUUAUUUUGAGCACCUGUCUUAUAACAAUUUUUUGGAAGUGAGCCCGGUGCUUUUGCGGCCAAAAAGUGUCGGCUCCGUAUGGAUAAACACGACCGACCCGUACGCUCUGCCCAUUAUUAAUAACAACUAUCUGAAACACCCGGACGACAGACGGGCUCUAUUGGACGCCAUUUCGUACGCCUAUUAUGUCAUUGAAAUGACAUCUAUCCGUCAGUACGCGUACGUCAACCCGCAGCCAAUGCCCGGCUGUCGGUACUGCCCGACUGGACCCGUAUGGCAGUGCCAGUCGUAUCACAAUUGUAUGAUUCAACAAAGUGCCAGAAGCUUUCAGCACCCGGUGGGCACGUGCCGUAUGGGCGGCCCCGGGAGGCGGGAUGUAGUGGUGGACGAGAGGCUACGAGUGAGGGGUGUCCGCAAUCUAAGGGUUAUCGACUCANGGGCACGUGCCGUAUGGGCGGCCCCGGGAGGCGGGAUGUAG